CUGUUCUGGACUUCCGGUCUUAAGUUCUCAGUUUCAUAAUGCCCUAUUACGCUUUUAUGAUGAUUGGCUGGUUCCUCAUAAUCUCAAUUGUAUCCAUACUGAUUCGAGCCUGUUGUCUGUGCGCCACACAGAAAACUCGUAGUCCAACUAGCUCAAGUGGUCGUGGUCCAGGACGAGGUCCUGGUCCUGGGGAGAAUCCAGCAAGCCGACAGCCCGGAAGGGUGCUGCACAGCUAUAGAAUCGAUCAGUCAGGAGUAACCCUCAGCACAGAACGAAAUGUAUUCAACGCCCAGGAGGAUCCUUCAUCGAACCGCUAUGGCGACAUAUUCUUCAUCGAGCCUGGCAGCGUGGAGGCCAACCGCAUUCGCGAUCAACUGGAAAAGGAUGAGAAGGAUCUGCCCAGCUACGACGAGGUGAUGCGCAUGUGCAACCUGACCACUCCCACAGCAGCGGCGGCUGGAAUGCCUGUUCCCCAAUCGCCGCUCGGCGAACCCAGUCCCAUUGGAAUCGCGGCACUGCCGGCGCCACCGUAUUCGGAGACUGAUCCAAAUUCCUCGUCAGCCGGAGAGGCCACUGUCAUCGCAAUGGAACCGAUGGAGCCGUCCACCUCCCGCGCGGCACAGAUUCCACCCAGCUCCGGAUCUGGUCCUCCUGCUCCUUUGCCAACGACAGCGGUGUGAUCCGUCCGGAGGCAUGGAUAAAUGGAACUGAAGCAUUCGCCGUGCCACUCUGGGCCACACAGAUGCCACUUUGUGUGCGCUUUCAGUACAGAAAUGAACUUGUGUGAUCUUAUUGAGUACAUACCUAUUUAAGUUCUAGAC